AUGGGUACCUUUUCUAGAGGGUGCAACUCUGUAACUUAUAGAAACUUCAAAAAUUUUAAUCACGAUCGCUUUCGUCAUAAUAUUUCCAAAACGAUAUGUGGAAAAAUAGGCUCUUGAAAAUUGUUCAACAAAGCGGGUUCACGCAAAAAAAAUCAACAUAGAUUACAUUGUAAGUCAGAGUUGAAAAACCGAAUGCGAACGAGAGAUAGUUAUAUUAUUAAUAAGCUAAAAGCAAUUCGGUCCAAGAACCCACUCGAUUGGGCUAAAUAUAAGAGUUCGUAACAGCCUGAACAGCGAUCAAGAUCGCAAAAGAAUUUUAUUACAAAAAGUCAUUUAAUGAACACAAAAAUGACUCUUGACUAACCUGGCAGACAAUCAAUGAACUUACCUCGUAAAACACCUCGUCUGUGGAAGAACUGAUCCAUUACCCACUCCAUCAGAUAUACCAGAUGCAUUCACUGAACAUUUUUCCACAAUUCUUCCCAAACUUGCGAGUGAAAUUACUUCUCCUAUUUUUAUGGGCACAAGAGUUGUCUUGAAUAUCUCAACAUAACUGACAAUGUUUAAUUUUAGCCUUGACGAAUAGUAAUCAAGUGUCUUACUUUUGACUAAACUUAGCAAAGCAAAAGCAAAAGGACUUGAUAAGAUAUCUUCGAGAAUGAUUCGCGAAUACAGUAAGAGUCAGUGAAGAGUGUACUGCCGUUUUUUCCCCUAGAGUGUCUCAAUUACCAAGCUAUAACUACUCAAAAUGGAAGAAAGAACACAUACGUCUCCACCACAGCCAUUUGCGAUAAUAAUCUAUUUGGAUGGCACCGAUUUGAAGCAGCCACAGGGACCAAAAUGCCUACUUCAUGCGUGCCUAACAACAGAUGCAACACGCAUGCAACUGGUUGGUUAAACGGCAGUCACCCCACUGUAGCUGAAGGCUUGGUCACCAGGCAGGUCUGUUUUUCCUACUAUGAUUGCUGCUCUUGGUCUAUCAACAUUCAAGUACGAAACUGCGGCGAUUUCUAUAUUUAUAACUUCAUGGGGACACCUCCAGAACAUCCUUGCCAUCUUCGAUACUGUAGCACGGACUGA